AUGAAAGAAGCUGCUCUGAGAGAAAAAAGGAGCCGGUCUUCUUGCAUUAUGCUGAAUGGGUCAGUGGAAUGCAUGGACCUUUAAAAGCCCCGGAGGCCUUCGGUUUGAUAGGACACACCUGCCGGGAGCUUUUUGAGCCAUUCCUGCCCAUAUAACGCUGAAGCCACAUGCCUGGGGGUUGUUCAGCCAGCAGAAGAACUGGAGCUGAUUCACUAGAGGCGGAGUGGAAGCCGUCAGGGUGGCCGUUUUAGAAGUAACAGCAGCUGAGGGGGACCGGCCUCUUUUUUGUUCCCAGGUGUGGUUGAGCAUCGCAGAAACAGAGACUCCGUUAGCUGUAAUAUUUGUAUUUAAAAAAAAAAAAGACAUGAAGGAUGAAAUUGCCGUUUCGGUGUUCUUCAUCUUGCGACUCGUGAAGAAGCAUGGCCAGCUGAGCAAACCCCAAACGGAGAAGUUUGCAUCCAAGUUGAUGAUGAUUUUGUUUGAGAAGUACAAGGACCACUGGUACCUGGACAAUCCCUCCCGAGGGCAAGGCUUCAGGUGUAUCCGGAUAAACAGGUUUCAGACGAGAGAUCCCCUGCUGGAGAAGGCCUGCGUGGAGAGCAACGUGGAUUUUAGUCGCCUGGGCCUGCCGAAGGAGCUGACCAUCUGGGUGGAUCCAUUUGAUGUGUGCUGCAGAUACGGCGAGAAGAACCCUCCUUUCACAGUUGCCCACUUUGAUGCCAAGGAAGAGGAUCAGGAUCUCUCACAACGCAUCAGCCAGGCUGUGGACAAGGCGCUGACCUCCGACUACCACUCCGGCAUGUCCUCUGAUGAGGAGAUCUGCACGACAGAGCCCAAAAGCAUCCCUACAGUCAGCAACCCAAACAGUGUCUAUCAGUGCAGUGACUAUUGCAAGCAGCCGUUCCACCUUUGGGCCCAGUAUUCUCGGCGGAAAGCAUACGGCGCAGAUGGUCUCUCUCAGCACCCUCUCAGCGCAUACUACCUCCAGUACAAGAUGUGCAAGCCCCAUCGGCCACCAGCAGCUUUCCCUGGCCCCCGCGUGGACCGAUACCACUGGGUCAACGCCAACCGAUAGAGCAGCGGGUGUGGCUCUCUGCCGUGGUCUGGGCGCUGAGGGAGAAGGCGCCGCCUCCGGUUGACGUCUGGAGGAAUCCGGAGCCCUUGACCAGCGAAAAGCCUCUGAAAAGCACUUAAUGGAAUUCUUCUCUUCCUGUCUCCCGGGUCUUUUUUUUAUUUCUUUGUGUUUGUAACUCUUUUUAUAAUAUGCAUUUUGGGGUGAAACAUGUUUUAAUUAGACCAUAUUUAAUGUAUUUUUUUAAUGGCAAGACUGAAAACGGAGCUGCGUUGAAAGGCACUUGUGGAAAGGUGAAAAGGAAAUCCAGUUACUAAUAAACUGAAAUGUGUUUUUAAAA